AGAGAAUCUUGAAUCAGUUCGAAAGUAGACUCUCGGCCGUGUGGACGCCCUCGCGUCGUUCGAACCUCACGCGCGUUGUGGAAUUCGGUGGCAUUCCAAAAUCAAAUUUGAAAUUCCAACGUUUUCAAAACAUAAAAAAAAAAAUUGUGGCCAGUGUCGUGUAUUGGAUUUAUUUGGAUUGUGUGUCAAAUAUUUGGAUACCUUUAUUAAAAUAUUUACUGAAUUGUUUAUUGUAUCGUUAUAAUGCAUGGCUUCUAAUCAAGAAAUGGAUCCCCUCACUUGGUUGUCGCUGGGGUUGCAAUUAGCGGCCCUAUGCUCCAUCGUGGGAGCUCUCCUUCUGUACCUGUUGAGGAAAGUCAGAGUAGCCGAGGUCCUGCCAGUAGACAGCGCUAAAACCGUACUCGUCACUUCUGUGGACACUGCACUGGGACUACAGAUAGCAACUUACUUAAGCAGUCGUGGAUGGCGCGUGAUCGCUGGUUGUCGUUCUGGCGGCCUGGGUGCGCGGCUGGCUGAAUCGUGGCUACAGACACACGCGGCGUCUACGCCUGAAGACGAGCCCCCGCCGAGGCUCGUCACCCUGGACUUGGAUGUGGCUAGAGAAGACUUACUGGAGGAAGCGGCGAGGGCCACAGCACAGCAUUUGCCGGCCGGAGAACACGGCAUAUGGGCGGUGAUCAACACAGCGGGUAGCAGCGGCCGCGGGGGUGCCGCGUGCUGGGAGAGCGCCCUGCGUGGCAACGUGCUCGGAGCGCUGCGAGUCGCGCGCACCUUCUCUCCCCUGCUCGCCGCUGCCGCCGCCGACCAUCCUCACGCAGGAAGACUCUUUUACAUCGGACUGACAUCAGAUACAGCAUGCGAGAGUCUGGCCCGAGCUGACGGCGGCGAGAACGGUGAGGGUAGCGCCGGAGCGGCCGCGGCUCGGUGGGGGACUUGGGGCGCCGCGCGGGCCUUGCGCGCUAACUUGCGGGCGCGGCGGCUUCAUGUAGUACUGCUGCACGCGCCUGAUCUAUCCGCCGCUGAAAUAUACGCCCCGCCAAUGCAACUGCAGCCCUCCACUCAGCCAGAAAGUCGGCCAGAUACUCCGAGCUCGGAAGUGAGCGCAUCAACAACUAGCUGCGCUGUCACAAUGCCCGGUGAAGCCGCUGAAUACAGCGCCAAAGUCAUUCCCACCAGCGCAUUGAAGGUGCUCGAGGAAGCCCUAACAGCACCAUCGCCGAGGGACUCAUACUAUCUUAAGCUAAAACAUGACUCCUGGUUCACAAGAAUGCCGUCCUUGAGAGUCGCGCACUGAAGAACUAUAUUCUAUUAAUUCAAUGCCAAAAUAUUGUGCUUGCAAAGUUAUAUUUAACUAUAUUUGGAUUUAUAAAACCAUAUUAUUUUCGUAAACAGCGUCAGCAUUUUUCUGAACCAAUCAUUGCUUGGUUUUUAGGGGCCAAUUUAAAUCUAAAAUAUGGAGCAUAUACUUAAUAUUGAUAUACUAAUAUUAAUUAUACACAUUUUAUAAGGUGAGGGAUGAUCAAUUCACUUCCGGUGGUUUUAUAAUAUUUGCAAAUGUCUAUCACGCUAUAUUUCUUUAUGAUAUACAUUUAUCUGAUUUUAGUGUAAGAGAUUAACUUUCUUAAAAGUAAGUGUUUUAAUGUUCUGUUUUAUAGCCACAUGUGUAUUUUAUUAUAAUGCGUUAUAUUUACUCACCAAUCAAUUUUUAUCGACCUACUCAUCCCCCAAAAAUCGAUGGCACGGGAUAGUGGAUGUAGCGUGCCCUAUAAUGUAUCCAAGAUUUGCUAAAUGUGACGACACGGAAAGGAAAUUUUUUGUCGUUGUUCACAUCAUAAAGAAAUUGCUGCAAAAAUGUUAUAUUAAGUGCUUUAACUGUGAGAAUUGUAAAUAUUCCAAGCUCACAUAGUGCCAAUGAUUUUAUAUAACUAUUGGAUUAUUGAUAUGAGAUAAGAGGAUCUGUGCAUGAUUGUACAUUUAUAAAGUCAAAUCUUCACUGUUUCUUAAAAUUUGCUUAUCAAAAAUAGUGAAGCUUUGUAUUUAUUAGCAAUUAUUCCAAGAUAAGAAAUAAAUGCGAUUAUAUUUUAAAUUUUAGAUCCAGUGAAGCCAGUACGUUAAUCUAUGGAUUCAUAGUGUUACAAGUUCGUGGUAAUACGUCUAGUUUUUUACGUCUCGUUACUUGUGUGUUACAAUGAAUCAUAAUCAUGUAAAUAAUGUUUGUGUUGUAUAUUAAACAUUUUAUCUUAAA